ACUAGGUAACCUAGCCUGUUCAGACCUGUUGGGUGCCGCUGCCUUAUGAGCUACCAACCCACCUGCUUAUCGAUACGGAGCUUUUCGAGUGUAUCUGCCUGCUUCAACUUCCAAGGUCAUGACCGCAACUCACGCAAACAGCUAGCCAUCUUUUGUCAACGUGCUAAUCGGUCGUGCACAAGGUCAUUCACCAGCACUUGAAGCCUUGCAUGAAAUAAUUUGCCCAUCAUGAUGCACCCGGCGCGCCAGGCCUAUGUGGAGGAGGCUGAAGAGGACCAUGGCAUGAGCCUCGAUGAAAUCCCUACCGACUACGACUAUGAUAUGCCCGCGAUGUCGGCGGGCAUCGCGCCCGAAAAGGCGUCGGCGCUCCUUUCGCAGUUCGAGCGCAAGAGGAUGGCAGCCAAUAUUGCCGUCCCUACUGACGACGGGCGGGUGCGCGCAAGACUCCGAGAGCUCGGGGAGCCUAUUACACUUUUCGGCGAAGGGCUUGCAGAUCGCCGCGAUCGGCUAAGGGGACUUUUGCUAAACCUGCAAACGGAGCAAGGAACCACGGAGGCUGCUGACGUUGCGAUGGAAGACGCGCCGGCUGACGAGGAGGCAGACCAAGAGGAAGAGUUCUACACCAACGGCAGUCCGGAGCUUCUCCGGGCCCGACAAGAGAUUGCAAGAUAUUCGCUGCCGAGAGCAAAGCGAAGGUUAGCUUUUGAGAAGCAAGAGUCUUCUAUACCGUUACGCACUCAUGUUAAGUUCCGCAAACAAGUCAAGGAACAACUACAGGGCUUUGAGCUUCAGGGCAGUCAGACAGCUGGAGACCGACAUGUUAGUAUGACGAGGAUAUCGCCGAAUGGGGAGAUGGUCGCCGCAGGAAACUGGGGGGGUUCGAUCAAGCUUAUCGAGAUUCCUUCAUUGAAGGAGAAGAUGACAUUACGCGGCCAUAUUAACCGAAUAGGUGGCAUAUCAUGGUUCCCUGGGGCAACCCUACCUGAGUGUAAUGUGUCCCCAGACACUGUCAACCUAGCUUCCGGGGCUGCGGACGGCCAGGUUAACCUGUGGUCUUUAUCACAAGAUACCCCACUGUCGACCUUGGAGGGUCAUGGUCAACGCGUGGUCAGAGUUGAAUUCCACCCGUCUGGACGAUAUCUUGCUACGGCCUCCGACGACACUACUUGGAGAUUAUGGGAUGUUGAGAAGAGCUCGGAACUACUUCUCCAAGAAGGACACUCGCGAGGCGUUUUCGCAAUUAGCUAUAAUACUGAUGGGUCACUACUCGCCAGUGGAGGCAUGGACAGUAUUGGUAGGAUAUGGGAUCUAAGGUCCGGAAGAACAGUGAUGAUUCUCGAUGGACAUUUGGACGGCCACAUUAAGCCGAUCCAUGGUAUCGACUGGGGUUCUGAUGGCCAUCGAGUAUUAACAGGGUCGGCAGACGGCUGGAUCAAGUGCUGGGACGUCAGAAAAGUGCAAAGGACAGGCGGUAUUGGCGCACACAGUAGUGCGGUGUCCGAUCUAAGGUGGUUCAAGGGGUUAGAUGAUCCUUUAUUAGGAACACCUCCUAGCACUGACGAAAAAGGGAAUCAACUACCCAAGAAAUCUGGCACCUUUUUUGUUUCGAGCGGCUUCGAUCGCAAAGUCAACAUCUUCUCUGCAGAUGACUGGUCAUUGGUACAAACUUUGGAGGGUCAUACUGGACCGGUCGCCUCUGUGGAUGUUAGCAGAGACGGGAAAUGGAUCGUUAGUGGUGGACACGACAAGAGAGUAAACCUAUGGGGACGGAACGACGGCGAAGGUGUUUGAUGACUACUGAGACUAUAGAUGGAGAUCAUUUUGUUGAAUAAAUCUGAUACCCCUUGAAUAGAAACAUCGAUUGAUGCUUAGAGAAUCUACUACGAAACAUCUAUCGGGUAAUAGAUAAUGAGUG